AUGUUGCUUAUCCAAAUGUUUUACUUCUCUUCCCAGCUUACCAGAGAAGAUCAAGAUGAGUCUGCGGAAGCAAACCCCUAGUGACUUUCUAAAACAAAUCAUCGGAAGGCCAGUUGUCGUAAAAUUAAAUUCUGGAGUUGAUUAUCGAGGGGUCCUGGCUUGCCUGGAUGGGUAUAUGAAUAUAGCUCUGGAACAGACUGAAGAAUAUGUAAAUGGACAACUAAAGAACAAGUACGGGGAUGCAUUUAUCCGAGGAAAUAACGUAUUGUACAUAAGCACACAGAAGAGGAGGAUGUGAAGAUGCCAGAAGGAGGCUGUUUUGUACUUGUGAACCUCUUCAAGUGAUGAGCCCUAUUUGAUUUGUAGUUAAUAAUCCACAGGAGAAAUGCACAAGUGUUUAAAUUUAUUUUGUUUAAUAAAUGUAAACCAGUGUAAACUUCCUGAAUAGUUUUGUUUCAAAGCAUUGCUUUGUUCCACUGUACAGAAAAAAAAUAAAAAAAGAAGCAUGUAAUAAUGCUGCAAGACUAAUUCAAA